CAUAACCUAUUUCUCACUUAUAUCUCUGUUAUUUUUACGUUUAGAAUUCUUUUUGGGGAAGUUUUUGGAGCGUUUUUAAUGUAUCGUUGAGACGCAUCACAGUCUCGUGUGGUUGCCCCAACAUGACUGACACUCGCACCGUCAGCAGUCAGAGCGACAGUAGCUCUUCCCCUGACACUGACGACCUCCACGCCCCCCUGCGCACUGCCAUCCUCCAGUUCAGGGAUGAAUGCGAGCGCCGUUUUGAGUUGCUGCUUGCGGAGCUACAGCGUCAGGAGGAGCAGCAGGAGGGCCGCGUCUUGGACGAGAUCCGUGCCCUGCGAGAGCAGCUCGAUGCUGCCUCUCAGAAUUCUGUACAGGAACGAAGCCUCGCAAACGAGAGACUGGCACGGUUAGCUGCCGACAACGCUCGCCUCAGCGCCACCUUGCGUCGCAAUGCUCAGCAAUACGAAGAGCGUCUGGCUGGUGUAAGCAGUCGCAUUCGUAAAGCGAGCCUCGCGCGUCGCUCCGUUGACACGUGGCGGCGCUUUGUGUCGCGACGUCGCUCGCAACCUCAGCAGGAUCGUGGCUCCUCUCAGCAGGAUCGUGGAAAUAACGAGGAGUUACGGUCGGCUUACAAUGAGCUUAGGGCCGAGCUGGAGCAGCUUAAACUGACCUCAAGAGGGGCAACGACGUAUCACUCCAGCAGACUCCCCAACACCCAAACCAUCAACAUUUUCCCGCAUCCGCAAGUGCCUGUACCUCAAGGGGAGCUGCCACAACCGACACAUCAGCCUCAUCAUCAGUACCCACAGCCUCACUCCCAGGCACAUCUUACGCAGCCUCAAUACCAAACUUCUUACGCCCCUCAACAUACACAUGUGCAACAAUCACAGGAACCUAGAGCAACAUUGCAGCAACAAGAAGUGUGUGCCGCGCAAGGGUUGCCCGCUUCACAUUUGCACCCUCGCUACACGACCGCUCCGAGUCAGGCUACGUUUAAUCCUGAUGCUGCAGCAAACUUGGGCUCAGCUUUCACUUACGGACAGCCUGUAGCUGCUGGACCAACCGAUCUAGCAUCUGAACAACGUUUUGUACCUCAUCCUCCCCCUCUAUUUUACCACAGCCAGCCCCAGUCUCAAAUCGUCCCGCAACAAAUGCAAUCCCAGCCAAGAAUGCAGACGCAUCUUCUGCCGCAACAGCAGCAAAGUCAGCAUAUGCAACGAGCGCAUCUGCCAAUGCAGCCUCCUUCACAGAUACACCAUCAGCAGCAGCAGCCACUACCCAAUUUGUACAAUCAGCAGCACCAAUCGCAACCUACUACACAGUAUCAGCCACACCAACCUCAACCUGCUUUGCAACAUCAACAGCACCAACCUCAAUCAGCACCGCAACCUCAGCAGCACCAACCUGCUUCGCAACAUCAACAGCACCUACCUCAAUCAGCACCGCAACAUCAGCAACAGGAGCAGCACCAACCUCUAUCAGCACCGCAACAUCAGCAGCACCAACCUCUAUCAGCACCGCAACAUCAGCAGCAAACUCGACCUCUUCCUCAUGAGCAGCACCAGCAACACCGGGAAGAUCGUCCUUUAACAGAGCCUCAAUCGGCGCUUGAUGGGGGCAGGCAAGAAUCUUCGGCAAAAAAUCCGCAACAGCCUGUAAAUCGUCCUGCAAAUGUUCCGCAACAGCCUGUAGAUCGUCCUGCAAAUGUUCCGCAACAGCCUGUAGAUCGUCCUGCAAAUGUUCUGCAACAGCCUGUAGAUCGUCCUGCAAAUGUUCUUAAUCGCCCAUUACAAGCUCCGGGAACUCGGGCUGAAGAAAAUACAGCUGAAGAUUCUGUAAACCGUUCUCGUUCAUCCACUCGCGGAGUUGGGUCUUCUGAUGGGGAAUUUGGAUUGCGGCUGGAUGCGUUACGCGAUCAAAGUCGCAAUAAUCUUCAACAGCUGCAAAUGCAACGAAAUCUACGUUUGUUUAAUGAGCUCACUGGAGAAUCUGAACGAACUAACACUACGAGAAACAGAAAUACAAAAGACGUGCAACUGAGCGGCGCUAAUCGUGAUCCGUCCAAAGAAAGAAGACAUCCUCCUGUUAACGAUGAGAAUGAUUGCCGAGGAGCGCAGCAUAUCCACGUGUGUCAUUGUUUAGGCCCGAAACAGCCCCAGGAAAAUAGAUUCAUUUGUCCUCAGUGUGACCCGAUUCAAAAGUCCAACUUUAGACACGGACCUGUGACGCAAAUCCCUUCACGAGGGAUACUCCGGCGAAGGAAUGAAAACUAACAUGAUGCGGAAGCUGCAAGAUUCCUGUAUUUUAUUAAAUGUACGAGAUAUAUUGUGUUCAGUGCGCAUGGUGAUGCGAUUGUAUUGCCUGCAACAUACUUGUAAUAAGGAUCAUUGUAAAGUACCGGAUGACUUUCUGAUAAUGAGUAUUUUAGCUAUAUUUAGAGUUAGCGAAGUCCAUUUGUAUCGCGGUAAAUUAUUUUUAAUACAUCAUUUUACUCACUGGACAAGACCACCCUUGCAUUGCUUCAAAGUAAGUGCGUUAUUUACUGCCCAAAAAGAAGUUCCAGAUUCUAGUUACGUGAAUGAUUUAAAAAGAAACUCUUACAUAAGUUCAUUUUAAGAUCGACUUUAUUUUCCAACUUUUUUAGAAUAAACGCUUUGGUAUGAUU